GGAAUUGCUACUCUCAACAGUUAAAAGUUGUUCACUUACUUUACAGUUCAGGCAUUGCAAGUUAGCUGAAGAGUUAUAUUAAUCGAUUUAGGAGCAAUCGUGAGGAAUGAGCGGGGUGCAGCGGGUCGAUGACCCGUCGCUGCCAGCUCCUUGGCAAGCCUUGUAUGAUCCAGCCAGUCGUUUGAAGUACUAUUGGAACCCGACAACAAACGUUACGACCUAUGAUCGCCCUGGCGGCGGCGCUUCAGCUGCUCCAGCAUCAGCGGCGCCUGCAUCAGGCGGCGACUACCACAGCAGCAAAGAUCGGCGGGACGAUUACUCGUCAGCUGCGAAUGGAAAUGGCUACACGUCGACUUCUUACCAGAAGACUGGCCUGACUGGACAGCCCGUCUCAACCGAUGGCUUUCUCUCCGCAGCUGACUAUCGCCGGCAGCACGACAUCUCUAUUCAGGGCGACGGCGUCCCAGACCCCCUGCAGACGUUUGAGUCGGUCGGCUUCCCACCUGACAUCCUGGAUGAGAUUCGUCGCGCUGGCUUCAAGUCUCCAACGCCCAUCCAGGCGCAAGCUUGGCCCAUCGCACUCUCGGGUCGUGACCUUGUGGCUAUUGCGAAAACGGGUUCCGGCAAGACUUGCGGCUUCCUGCUUCCUGGCAUGCUGCACAUCCAGCAAACACGCAAGGACCCACGGGCGGGCCCCACGCUGCUAGUCCUGGCGCCCACUCGUGAGCUGGCAGUGCAGAUUAAGACGGAGGCGGACAAGUUUGGUCGUUCGUCGGGCAUUCGGAACACGUGCGUGUACGGCGGUGCGCCCAAGGGUCCGCAGCUGCGCGACAUUCAGUACGGCGUGCAGAUUAUGAUUGCCACGCCCGGUCGCCUGAACGACUUCCUGGAGGCUGGGCAAGUGCGCCUGCAGCAGGUGUCGUACUUGGUUCUGGAUGAGGCCGACCGCAUGUUGGAUAUGGGUUUCGAGCCGCAGAUCCAGCGCAUCGUGCGCACGCUGCCCCGCCAGCGCCAGACGCUGUUCUUCUCAGCCACCUGGCCCCGCGAGGUGAAGCACAUUGCCGCGCAGUUUGUGGUCAACCAGACGGUGCACGUCUUCAUCGGUGGCGUGGAGGAGAAGCUGGUGGCCAACAAGGCCAUCACGCAGCAUGUGCUGGUGCUCAACAGCUCACACGAGAAGUUCAGCGAGCUGGCGCGCAUCAUCAGGUCCAAGCCUCCAGGCACGCGCAUCAUCAUCUUCUGCACCACCAAGCGCAUGUGCGACCAGCUCUCCUACCAGAUGUCCCGCGAGUUCCGCGCCGCUGCCAUCCACGGCGACAAGAAGCAGGCCGAGCGCGACUACGUGCUCCAAGCCUUCAAGGAGGGCCGCAACCCCAUCCUGGUCGCCACCGACGUGGCAGCGCGCGGUCUGGACAUCCCCAACGUGGCCGCUGUCAUCAACUUUGACUUCCCCACCGGCACCGAGGACUACAUCCACCGCAUCGGCCGCACGGGCCGCGCCGGCGCCACGGGCGAGGCCUACACCUUCAUGACGGGUGAGGACGCCAAGCACGCUCGCGACCUGAUCCAGGUGAUGCGUGAGGCGCAGCAGGUGAUUCCGCCCGCCCUGGAGCAGCUCGGCAUGCGCGGUGGCUUUGGAGGCGGCGGCCGCAACCGCUGGGCCAGCGGGCCAAGCUACGGCGGUGGUGGUGGCUAUGGCGGUGGCGGAUAUGGUGGUGGUGGCUUUGGCGGCGGCGGUGGUUAUGGUGGUGGUGGUUUUGGCGGCGGAGGCUACGGUGGCGCCGCUGCUGCUGUUGCUCCGCUUGGUAUUGGGGCCUCGGCUCCGGCGUAUGGCGCGGGUCGGGACGACCGUGACCGCCGGCGCAGUCGCAGCCGCAGCCCCGAUCGCAGCCGGGAGCGCAGCCGGCGGCGGUCGCGGAGCCGGUCGCGGUCUCGGGACCGGGGCGGCGACCGUGGCCGCGGCAGCCCUUCGUAUGGCCGCUACAGCCCUCGUUAAGUGGCCUGCGGUUUGGGGCUGAGUACCGUGAAGUCUUUCCCUUGGUAUGGUAUUACUCUUCAAGUAGCUGGAACUUACCAUGACUGAAUGAGAUUUUUUGGUAGGCACUCUGAUGCAGUGCAUUGGGUACGGUACUGUUUUUCUUGUGGCAUGUUUGAAUUAGGACAUGUUUGUGUGGCAAUGCAGUGAUUGGUCAUGCAUGGGCUUUAGUUUGGUCGUUAGGUGGUGUAAGGAGGCGUUAUGCGUGGGGCGUCGUGCAUGGACGGGAAUUGCAAUGAGAGGACGUACGGGACUGAGCAGCGGAGGUUUGAGCGGAUGCAGUUGACAGACGCGAGUGCCGCACGGUUUGCGUCACAUUCUUUUUCUGUUUUCCGGCUUUGCUUAUUGGUACAUAUGGCUUGCUUAGGGAGGUAAGGUGUGGCUUGACGUCACGCAUAGGACGAAAGCCGCCCAGUAGGGAUGCUAUAGGCCCCCUUCGCCUCUGGCUGGGGCGCAGUUGAAAAGGUGCUCGCUACUUCAAGUUGUGGUCACGACGAGCUCCUGAUGAGCUGCUAAAUGGCACGCGGAUCUUUAUCUGACGGGAGUACUGCGGCACUUGGAUGUGUAACGGAAUCGGUCACG